CCAACUUUCUUGGGUUAAAAGAUUGCUUCAUUCCACCUUUUUGUUGGUUCUGCUGUUCCUGGAUUUGUUUUGGGACUCUAUUUUAUGGUUAUUUGGAGGGCAGGUUUUGGUCUCGCACACCCUGAGGAAAGACUCUUAACUUGGAGAUGACAUGAUAAUGGUACCUGUUCAAAAAGCUGAGGAGCCUAGCCGGCUGUGCCACAAAAUGAGAGCAGCCGAGAGUGACGGCAACGACAGCCCGGGCGGUGCUCGGCGGCAGCUUCCCGCUCCAAGAGGAUGUGGAAUGUUUACUUUCCUCACAUCUGUCACUGCUGCUGUCAGUGGACUCCUGGUGGGUUAUGAACUUGGGCUCAUCUCUGGGGCCCUUCUGCAAUUAAGUGGCUUAUUAUCUUUGUCUUGCCGACAGCAGGAAAUGAUUGUGAGUUCUCUACUCAUUGGGGCCUUACUGGCAUCUCUCACAGGAGGAUUCCUGAUAGACAGAUAUGGGAGAAGAAUUGCUAUCAUUUUGUCAUCCUGCUUACUUGGGUUGGGCAGCUUGGUUCUGAUCCUGAGUUUAUCCUAUCCAGUUCUUAUUGUAGGACGAAUUACCAUAGGAGUUUCCAUAUCCCUGUCUUCCACUGCUACCUGUGUCUAUAUCGCAGAGAUUGCUCCACAGCACAGAAGAGGCCUCCUUGUAUCAUUGAAUGAACUUAUGAUUGUAAUUGGCAUUCUCCUUGCCUAUAUUUCAAAUUAUGCAUUUGCCAAUGUUUUCCAUGGUUGGAAGUAUAUGUUUGGUCUUGUUAUUCCACUGGGAGUUUUGCAGGCCAUUGCAAUGUACUUUUUUCCACCCAGCCCUCGAUUCCUAGUGAUGAAAGGGUAUGAUGAAGCUGCUAGCAAAGUCCUAGAAAGAUUAAGAGGCAUCUCAGAUACUACUGAAGAACUUACUGCAAUAAAAUCUUCCUUGAAAGAUGAACACCAAUACAGUUUCUGGGAUCUUUUUCGAUCAAAGGACAACAUGAGGACCAGAAUACUAAUAGGCCUCACAUUGGUUUUUUUUGUGCAAAUCACAGGACAACCAAAUAUUUUAUUUUAUGCAUCAACUGUCUUAAAAUCUGUUGGGUUUCAGAGCAAUGAAGCAGCCAGCCUUGCCUCGACUGGAGUUGGAGUUGUCAAAGUAAUCAGCACUAUUCCAGCUACCCUUUUUGUGGACCAAGUUGGGAGCAAGACUUUUCUGUGCCUUGGCACCUCGGUGAUGGCAGCCUCCUUGGUAACUAUGGGUCUUUUGAAUCUUAAGAUCCAUAUCAAUUCUACCAGUAUCUGCAGAAGUCAUACUCCUAUUAACCACUCCCUAGAAGACUUGACUUUUUAUGAACAAGGAAAGUUGCCAGUUAGCAACAAUAGUCUCAAACAACUAUCCACGGGGAUCACUCCAAACAGCAAGAGCUCACUAAUGUCAAUCAGAAGUGACACUGAAAGGCAAGGGGAGCUGACCUGGGCAUCUGUGCCAACUGUUGGAACCUCUAGACCAAGCCCAGUACAACAACAUCAGGAAAUGGGCCCAGACGAAGUCCCAGAGUAUUUGAAAUGGCUCUCCUUGGUCAGCUUACUUUUUUAUGUUGCUGCUUUUUCCAUAGGUCUUGGACCAAUGCCCUGGCUGGUGCUCAGUGAAAUUUUUCCUGGUGGAAUUAGAGGAAGAGCAAUGGCUUUAACUUCUAGCAUGAACUGGGGCAUCAAUCUCCUUGUCUCACUGACAUUUUUGACUGUAACUGAACUUAUUGGUCUGCCAUGGGUGUGCUUUAUUUACACAAUAAUGAGUCUAGCAGCACUGGUGUUUGUUGUUUUGUUUAUCCCAGAAACAAAGGGAUGCUCUUUGGAACAAAUAUCAAUGGAACUGGCAAAAUCAAACUAUGUGAAACACAACAUUUAUCUUAUGAGUCAUCAGAGAAAGAAGUUAGUGCCAAUGGAGCUUCAAACGACAAAACACCAAGAGCAGUUCUUAGAGUGCAAAAGGUUGUACAGUAAAGAGCAAUCGAAGCACCUCUUUCAGGAGAACUGAUGCCAUGCAGACAACAAUGAUACUGAUUUGGUGCUUUCAAAGCUGAAGUGCCUAGCGUCUGCAACUUCUUCACAAUUCUCAGGAAUUUCCUACCUCAGGCUACAACCAAUAGGCCAUUAUAAUAAUUAAACUUCAGGCUGCUGCAGAUUGUGUAAAGUUACGGAUGUCCAAAGAUUGGGUCAUCUAACACAUCUAUUUCAUUUGUACUUAACCCCAUUAAAAGUGAACAAGGCAUAUAUGUUUCUAUCUAAGUGAGUAAUUCAUCUAAUCCAGGAUCUUUCUGUGCUGUAUUUCCGUGUAGUUUCUCCAAUUUAAAGACUUGGGCAAGGGCAUUUACAUGGAAAAUAUGGUAGAGUUUGAGAGAAGCAAAAAGCCACCACAGUAAUUAAAAGAUAGACUAUGUAUAUCUGAACUUUCAAUCAUUAAUCAAUCCAA